CAUAACACGGACCAGAAAUGACAGUUGAGUUUCCUACUUGCAAAAUAAGUCAAGGGAGAGAUAAUAAUGUCGGGAACUUUAUAAAUUUAUAAGAAAUCAAACAUAAAUAUUAUCGUCAAAAGUAUAUUUAAAGUGUGUGCUCUUUUAUGUUGUUGUAGGUUUGCAAAUAAGAACUGUAACAGGCAUGGAUGCAACUACUCAAACACAGCCUAAAAAUGUUAUAGAAAUUGAUGCAGCAACACAAACUGAAGUCCGUGAUAAGAAAUUUACUCGCUAUAUGCAACGUAACAAACGUCAAUGGGAAGAUGAAAAUAAGGAUAAAAGAGAAGAUGGCGAGACGGAUGGAAAGAAACCAUGUGAUCCGACAUUUGAAAGAAUAAAAAAGAAGAAAAUGGCCAUGCUGUUGGGUUACUGUGGAGUAGAUUACUAUGGCAUGCAAAGGAAUCCUGGAGUAAGAACUAUUGAAGAGGAUCUGCUGAAGGCACUGUUUGAGGCAAAGUAUAUAUCAGAGGAAGAUUUCAAUAACCAACAAAACGCCCAAUUCCAGAGGAGCUCCAGAACUGACAAAGGCGUUUCCGCAGCACGACAAGUUGUCUCACUUAAGCUACCUCUGGAAAUUGAUAUUGAGGAAAUCAAUAAACGUUUACCGGAGAACAUUAAAGUGUUUGGUGUGAAAAGAGUAACAAAUAAAUUCAACUCAAAAAUCAAAUGUAAUGCACGCACAUAUAGCUAUACUCUUCCAACGUACGUUUUUGAACCAACUUUGGUUGGUGAUAAAGAGAAACAAUUGUACAGAAUAACGGAGGACAAAUUGAAGGCAGUUAAUGAUGUGUUGGCUGUUUAUAUUGGAACAAAAAGUUAUCAUAACUUUACAGAAAAGAAACAUUACCAAGAUCCUUCAGCAUCCAGAUAUAUGAUGAGCUUUACUCUGGAUAGAGUGUUUGUGGAUUCAGAUUGGGAGUUUGCUGAAUUAUUGGUUAAGGGCCAAAGUUUUAUGCUUCACCAAAUCAGGAAGAUGGUUGGCCUGAUGAUUGCGAUUGUGCGAGGACACACAGACAUCUCAAUUUUAGAGAAGGCAUUCGGCAAAGAUAAAGUUAUGAUCCCAACUGCGCCUGGUCUAGGAUUAGUGCUGGAUAAGGUCCAUUAUGAGAGAUACGAUGCAAAAUUCAAAGAUAGUCAUGACAGUCUCACUUGGGAAGCUGAAGAGGAGUUGGUUCAGACAUUUAAAAAGGAAAAAAUAAACCCUAACAUAGUUAAGGGCGAAAUCGAAGAUAAUUCUAUGGGAUUUUGGCUUGAGAAACUCAGUAAACACAACUAUGAGCCAUCUGAAGAUGUACCCGUUGAAAAGGAGAUGGAGAACGAACAGGAGUCAGAUGAUGAUGAUGAUAAGGAAAACGUUGAUGAAGUUGACAAGGAAAACGGUGAAAUCGACAUGAAAAAUGGUGAUGAAUCUAAAGAGCAAAAUGGUCAUGAAGUUGACAAGGACAGUGACGAAGUUGUGAUGAAUGUUGAUGAAGUGAAAGAUGAUGAUAAAAUUAUUGUUAAUAAUGGAAAAAAUUAAGAAAAAUAUUAUAUAGGAUAUAAGAUUUA